UCCGGACAAGCCCCUCCGUCCACUUUCCCCUCCUCCCACAGACCAAGAACAUCAGGAGCCGCCAUGGCUCCCGAGCCUCGCAGGUCAGCCAUGGCCCCUGCGCCUCGCAGGGCGGCCAUGGCCCCCCCUUCUCUCCCUGCCGGGGCGGUGCGCCGUCGCACAGCCAGGUCCCGGAUGGAUACACCCAUGGCCGUUUCAGUCUGUUCAGAUCGGAGGGGUUCUUUGCGCGAGUCCCCCGCCUGUCUGGGUAAACUGAGGCGGCCUAUGGGCUGUCGGAGCCCUUGAUGGAUGCCGCUGUGCGCCGUCUGGAUGGCGCGGCGCGGCGCGCUGCGACGAGCCAGGAUUUUGCGCAUCAGCCAAUGGCGAACAACAAGAAGUCUGCUGCCCGUACUGAAGCUAGGGCUCCACCAGUUGGUAGAAGGGCUGGCCUUCGACUAGACGCACAGACCGAGCGUUUUGCUGCCGAAGCUGAGGGGAAUGGACUCGCGGUUUUCUGGGGAGUUACGGUGAUGCUUAGAGAGCGUACUGCCAGGUUCUUUGAACCAAAUUUCUGCAUUGGAAUUGUGGUAUCAAGGUCAUCUACUUUCGGGGAGUUCACCCAGCAGGCAGCUCUUAGCAUCAGGACAACAGCUGUGAGGAAUCAUAUCGAGCUUCCUGAGCAGGCCCUUGAGGAUUUACAGUUCUUUGUAGGUUCGGAUAACAUGUGCCCUCUGCCUGAUGUGUCGAUGAUGGAGAUCGAGCGCAAGUUCAAAGGUGCUGAUGAGGUCGUCCUGAUGCUGUUCCUGGCCACCCACUGAAACCAACAACGUCUCUCAUACAUUCAAACUGCAAAUGACUAUGUAAAUAGUUGCUGCUGAUGCCGGUCCGACAGCAACCGCAGUGUGGCGCGGUCAUACAAAUGGAACUAUGGUUUCACCACGUUACAUGAUGUAAAACGUUGGUGAUGUUGGUUCGACACCAACUGAUGCGUGGCAUCUUAACUCCACCCCACCCUCAUUUGCUCGAACUGUCACAUGUAAGGCCUAUGGUUGAUCUUAUCUUCUAGGAUAUGUGCUUCGCAAUGCUGUUAUUCUCAUGCACUGCAUCUAUUAUGCUGUGCAUCAGCUAUGGGGUUUGCCUGCGGACACGCAAUGUAAACAAGUACUUCGAGAUGUGAUGGGAUCAAUUUGGUGAACCGGA